GUGGCACACAGGGAGGCAAUAGGGACUGCCGAGCCAAUGAGACUGGGAGGCUGCACCGUUUCUUCGGCAUCGGGCGCAGAAGAAGACAGUUUUCCUCCACUUCAAUGAAACUUGGUUGGGCCAAUAUGUGUUAAGGUGACAGUGAGUUAUCUUUCUGCCAAGCUGGACUGACAUAAAACCAUGAAACAUCUUCUGGGCACAUCUUACUCCUACAGGAACUCACCUGGGCAUGAUAGUUGACCUAGAGCAUUCUCCAUAGUGGCUAGUCUUUGUCAUGGCAGCACCAUCCAAUGUGAAAAGCAGAACAGUUUUGCCCCAAGCCAGGACCAGCAUGAGAAGUGAUGGGCAUGUGCAAGAACUUUUUCUUGAAGAAACCAAACAGGGUUAUCAGAUGGCUAACAAACCUUGGUGGAAAAUACAAUUUUUUGUCUGGGAACCAGUGCUUUUUGGAACAUGGGAUGGAGUCUUUACUUCCUGCAUGAUUAACAUCUUUGGAGUAGUUCUCUUUCUGCGGACAGGUUGGCUGGUUGGGAACACUGGAAUUCUAAUGGGCAUGUUUUUGGUGUCCUUCGUCAUCUUGGUGGCCUUAGUGACUGUCUUGUCUGGCAUUGGGGUUUGUGAACGAUGUAGCAUUGGAAGUGGAGGAGUCUAUUCAAUGAUUUCUACUGUCCUUGGAGGUCAAAUAGGAGGGACCAUUGGCCUUCUUUAUAUUUUUGGUCAGUGUGUUGCAGGUGCUAUGUAUAUUACUGGAUUUGCAGAAUCCAUCUCUGACCUCCUGAGCUUCAGUAACAUUUGGGCAGUAAGAGGCAUCUCCCUUGUUGUCCUGUUGGCCUUGCUUGGAAUUAACCUGGCUGGGGUGAAAUGGAUAAUACGACUCCAGCUGCUGCUUCUCUUUCUACUGGCUGUUUCCACGUUGGAUUUUGUCAUUGGAUCUUUCACACACCUCAAUCCAGAAUAUGGUUUCAUUGGCUAUUCAGAGGAGCUUAUGUUGAACAACACACUGCCAGACUACAGCUCAGGGGAGACUUUCUUCACUGUAUUUGGAGUAUUCUUCCCAGCUGCCACAGGUGUGAUGGCUGGGUUCAAUAUGAGUGGUGAUCUCAGGAAACCCGCAACGAAUAUCCCUCUAGGAUCUUUAUCUGCAAUUGGCAUUUCGUGGUUUUUAUACAUUGUUUUUGUUUUUUUACUGGGAGCUAUUUGUACCCGAGAAUCACUCCGCUAUAAUUUUAUGAUAGCAGAAAAGGUAUCCUUGGUGGGCUUCUUAUUCUUACUUGGUUUGUAUAUUUCAUCCUUAGCAUCUUGUAUGGGAGGUCUCUAUGGAGCACCCCGAAUCCUUCAGUGCAUUGCCCAAGAGAAAGUGAUACCUCUUCUUGCAUUUCUUGGACAUGGGAAAGGACCAAACAAAACUCCAGUGGCUGCAAUCUGCUUAACAAGCCUCAUCACCAUGGCUUUCAUCUUCAUUGGCCAAGUGAAUGUUCUUGCUCCAAUAGUUACAAUAAACUUCAUGCUUACAUAUAUUGCUGUGGAUUAUUCCUAUUUCUCUGUCUCCAUGAGCUACAACCUUAAGCAGAGCUCCAAAAGGAUGCAGCAAGAGGACUCCAGGGUUGUGCUAAGUGGCUCUCGACCUUUAAUACUCAGCAAAUCAACUUGUUAUGGCUAUGGAUCAAAUGGAAUAGAUCAGUGCAGAUGUGAUGGCACUUUGCUAGAAUUCAAAAAAGAUAUGAACCAUCUUUUUAAGCCUGUUAAUCAAGAUCCAGGAAUCGAUCUUGAACUAAAAGGAAAGAACAUGGAUGCUGCUCAAAUGAUCAAGCAGAGAAAGCAAAAGAAGGCAGCCAAGCAAACAUUACAAGACAGCUUUUGUCUGGCUCUUGAUAAGAGCAUUGCUCAUAUUCAGGAUCCUUGCAACGAUGCCCUAAAAUCCAGUGUCAAAAAUGUGUGGCAUUUUUCACAGCCAAAUUGCCAGGAGGAGAAUGAAAAUGGUGCAUCUCCAUCUGCUAUUAGAAAAAGCAGUCAGAAGGAAGAAGAUGGAGACCAACAUUUUGAUGAAAUGCAGAAAUCUUCCAGUCCACAGAUGGAGGAUUUAAAUCUAAAACAACAAAGUCAAGAAUUAGAAAUUCAGGAAAUACCACCUUCUUUCUAUUCCAAGCUCUGUGAUCACCGGGUUUCCUUUUUUGGUGCAAUAGGUUCAUUAGCCAUUAUGUUCGUUAUUCAGUGGAUCUAUACCCUCGUUAAUUUGGGACUAGCAAUUAUUUUGUAUUUCUACAUUGGCCAAGUGAGUCCGGGACUGCCACCUGGUGCAGCAGCUAAUUUUAGCCUUUUCAAAUGGAUUAAACUCCUUUUGCUUAAUGCCUGCAGGGGAAGGCCAUCCCCGGAGGAGCGAUUUGUUGUGACACCGACCUUUGCAACAGUUGGCAUGGAGACCACUCAGCUCACUGAAGAGAAUACAGAUUUUGCUUCCCGGGAUCGUUACCAUCAUUCCUCUGUUAUCACCCGAGAAGAGCUGGUUCAUCAGUUCCAACGAGAGAGCCGCAUGCCAUUCACUUUACCGGCCAAUUAAAGACUCUGACUACAGACACACCACCUGAUUAAAAGGCUUGCCCUUUCAACAACUGCUUUUAAUGAAUGCUGAAACUUCCAAUUAAGGGGAGUCAGGGGAAGGAGCGGCCGGCAAGUUCAAACCCUGCUCCGUCGAAAAAGAGGACUUUUGUUUUUGUUCCAAAGCAUUGGAUAUUUUUGUGCAAUAACUGUCUAUCUAAAAUAGAACAUGGUGUUGUAACACUACCUAUAUUUGCUAUGGAACAUACGCCACCCCAAAUUCCAUUCCUCAGGCAUGUCAUUCUGAAAUCUAUAGUCAUAGCAGGGUUCCCCAAGGUGGUCAGUAUCGGCCCCCAAGAGUCGAUGGAACUACAGUAUCCAUGUUGUUGUUAUUCAUAGUACUAUUAGUUAAAGUAGUAUUUAUUAAAUUAUUUUCAUAUAAUAAAUGUUUGGAGGUUGCUGAACAAUCUGAAACCUAAUGAAGGGGUCAAUGAGCUGAAGAGUUUGGGGACCCCUGAGUUACAGGAUAUAAGGAGAGAAAGAAGGUAUGGACAACCAAUGCAAGUGUUUGAUACAGAUAGAACAGAAGAUUUUUCUGAUACCUUCCCUGGGAUUGGAUCAAACUUUCCUGAACCUUUCAGUUGUCUUGAACAACACUUUAAACUCAUACAGACGCUUCCUUAUUUAUAUUUCAAAAUUUAGGCACAAAGAAUUAGCUGUGACUUACAACCUUAAGUACCACUUUGGCCUUUAGACUUCCCAUCCCUUCUAGGUCCCUGCCCAGGAUGCAGUAUAGUGCGUGGUCGAUAAACCUUUGUAUUAUCAUCUCAUGGAGAAACCUAUAUUCAGUAAAGAGUGGAUCCCCAUAUGGUUCAAAAAGUAAUACAUUUAUUUAAAGCUGCAGUCCACUACUCACUUGUGUUGUUUACAUCUGAUUAAACAAGUGCAGGAUUGCCCAUAUACACUUCUACAGAUUUCUUUGUCUGGGUUAAUGCUGUCUACUCCAUGGCUAGUCCCCCAUGUUUUGGUAUCUGAGGACUGUUACUCAUGUGAUCUGUAGAUAAACUGUCAAAGUGAACCAUGUAUGCAGAAGACUUUAUGUGCUUGGUUGAGCAACUUGGAAUCUGGUGCUAGAUAAUAUUGCCAGAUUAGAUUUCCAGAUAAUAAGAAACACUAUGGAAACAUGGCUUGUUCUGUAGUGAGAGUCCUCAACAUUAGUAAAUUGUCAUAUUUAUACAAUGAUUAAAAGCUACUUACUCAUU